AUGUACUUGGGCAAGGCUCUAGAUUCCCCAGUCCCCUGGUGUGGGAAACAGCAACGUCUAUUAAAAGAAAAGCCAAACUACUACCUAUUCCGACGCCUACAAGGAGAAACAGCCGGGCUAUCACCCCCUCAAGUCCGCCCCCGCCACGCCGGUUGCCGCCGCCGAGCGGGGUCGCCCCGCACCCCCGGCUCCGAACCCAGCCGCCGGCUUCUUUCGCGGGGAAGAGAAGGGGCUUCUCACGGACAGGAGUCGUUACAAAUACAGCAUGAACUAAGCUUGAGGAAACUGAUAGAGGGCUCAGAGUAUCAAGAGGAACUGAAGUACGACUUCAAUAUAAAAGGGGAACUGAGGCAUCUGGAUACAGGCGAGUCCUUUGUUUUCAAUUAUUACAAGAAUUCACAUGAGCAGAAUCAUAAACGCUAUCAAGUUUUGGGACAUUUGAUUACUCAGUAUGUUUAUGAGCUCCUGGAAAGAGCCUGCAUGCUGCAGAAAGUUUAUAUUCCUACUGAUGCUGCAGAGGAUGAACCAAGAAGUUUCUUUUUCAUGAGUGAGAAUGCACUAACAUGUUCCUCUAGCCUAAUUGUCCUUCUUCAAGACCAUGGAGUUUUCCGUGCUGGACAGUGGGGACAAAGGACGAUUGUCAGUGAGGGUCUGGAGCAUGGAACACAAAUACCAUUCAUCAAAAUGGCCCUUGAAAGCCAUGGGGGAGUGAUUGUACUGAAUCCCAACGACAACUUUGUUGAUCUGAAGACUGAAAAGGAGAGGCUAAGUUUUUCUACUGGGGAAGAAUCACCGCCUUCUACGCAGUCUGUCUGGUGGAUUCCCAAAAGGGGCAGUAGCAGCCCUGAGGAACAUACCUUGUAUGUAUGGGAUCAUUUCAUUUCAAAGAGCACAGCCAAGAAUGUGGCCUUCAUUGCCCAUGGCUACGGUGGCUUGGUUUUUGUUGAUCUGCUGGUGCAGAGAAAAUGUGAGGUAAUGAAUAAAGUGUACUCCGUGGCAUUCAUUGACUCCGUGCACAACACACAGCACCAGACGAGAAGUGAUCCAGAAAUACAAAAAUGGAUACAGAAAUACUGCCGUGAAUGGGUGUCAAACAAUAAACCUCUAGAUAAAGCUGUAGGUUCUCUCAUGAAAGUGAAUUGUCCUGUUGUCUCUGCUGGAACGGAAAAGUAUGGUUUAGCACCCUCCUGCUGCUUACACGCCAUCUUUAAGUACCUGAAGAGGACACUGAAAGCCAAGACCACAACAGCCACUAGGCAUUCACCUGUUGUAACCAGAAGCAGCACAAGUAAGAAGAGAGGCAAUAAAUAAAGGUACGCUGACUUGUUCUUGAUAGUGGUCUCUUCUUUUCAUAACUACCCCUGCGCCUUUCAGUCAUCUAAGGGCCUUCCUCUCACUGUGGAGCAGUUCUAAGUGUGACGCUAGUUUGCUUGUUUUUGAGACACACACAAAUACAAGUUAACUAUGAGGAAAGAAGCAUGUUGUUGAGAGCUUUAAGCCACAACCCUUCAGCUGUCUGUGAAAUUUAAAGUCGCAUAAAAUAAAGAUGUUAAGGUAUAUCAACUCUCAUCUGUAUCAUUUUUUUUU